UGAUUAUAUAAUUUUGAAAAAAAAAUUUAGUUAUACCGAAACGUGUUUUUUGCACCCAUGAAUCCAGUAUGGUGGUUCUAUAAAUAAGAAUACCCUUAAGUUCAGUUCUCUAAGUUUCAUCUUUUAACUCAUCUCCUUUACAUACUCUCUCUUUCACAAAAGAAAGAAGCAAAUUUCGAAAAUGAAUUCCGUGAUAACUCUCGUCGUCCCACUCUUACUCGUCUUUUUUUCUUCUCUCCUCUUUGGAGACAUCACUGGAGUGGAGAGCUCAAAGCACCAUCGUCAUCAUCAGCAUCAGCGUAACUCAUACGGUUCAACAAAGCUGUUUGUCUUUGGAAAUUCUAACGUCGAUACCGGAAACCUGCCGAAAAAUUUAUCUGAAGCAUGGAGUGUCCCUUAUGGUAUCACAUACCCCGGUACACCAUCCGGCCGUUACUGUGACGGCCGUGUCUCUACCGAUUAUCUAGCCAAAUUUCUGAGGAUAAAAUCACCCAUCCCUUAUAAACAGAAAGAUCACGCGGGACACGAACAGUUACAAUAUGGAAUGAAUUUUGCGUACGGAGGAACCGGAGUCUUCGACACGGUUUAUAUUAAAGGUUUGGAUAUGACGCAUCAGAUUAGUGUCUUCGAGAAACUCAUUGGCGAUAUCUAUUCUCCAUCCGACCUUUCUUCUUCCGUCGCCCUUGUCAGUAUUGCUGGCAAUGACUACUUUACUCACAUCUCCGACAAUGGCUAUGACUUGAGCAUCUUUCAAUUUGUGAGGCGAGUCAUCAAUCAAAUCGAGGUAAAUUUGAAACGGAUCCACGCCUUGGGAGUGAAAAAGGUAGCAGUACCGUCAUUACAGCCACUCGGGUGCCUCCCCAUGUACACCAGAGGCUUCUCAUACCAGAAGUGCAACGAUGUUAUAAACGCCUUGACAAUCGUACACAACAACGCCUUGCAAAGAGUAGUGGCUAGACUCAACAAGGAGACCAAGCAGUCGCCUUUCAUUUACCUUGACUACUACAAGGCCUUCUUGGCCGUCCUCAAUAACAAAGGAGAGAAUCCAGGGAUUACGAAUUUUAAAAUUCCAUACGAGCCGUGUUGCGGAGGCAAAGGCUAUUGCGGGACUCUGGACGAGAACGGUGGGAAGAAUUAUACCUUAUGCGAAGAUCGUUCGUCUGCUUUCUUCUGGGAUGAAUUUCACCCUACUCAGGAAGGAUGGAAGGCCGUUUACUGGGUUUUGACCAACGACCUAAAAGCACUUUUGGUUUGAUCGAAAACCCGAAAUAUGCUUGUCGUUAAGUGUUUUCUUCUUUUAUAAUUGUUGUCUCUACGUCUUUUGAGUAUGUCUUUCCGUCAGUACUCCUCCAUGCAAGGCUCUGUGUCUCUGUCUUCUUAUUGUGUGUUUAAGAAUAAAAGUGUAAACUUAAGGAAAUAAGAUUGAAAUAAAAACAUCUUUGUAGUUUGUAUUA